AUGCUGUCCGCUAAUCUUUUCUUCCUUUUCCGACAGGCCGCUGCGUACUGGAAGAAGAACGAAAAGGAAGAGAUCGAGCAGCGGAAACGCGCCGAACGGGAAGCGAUCGAAAAGGCCAAGGCAGACGAGGCCGCUCGUGAAAAGGCUCGAGCUGCAAAGCGUUUGCAGUUCUUGCUAGAUAGCGGGGAGACGUACAGCAAGCUCAUGCUCAAGAAGAUCAAGACCGACGAUGCUAUGGACAGUAAUGACACGGCAGUGGAUCCAAACACUAUGGGUCCGGACGCGGAAGAUGACAUGGACAUCGAUGAAGACUUUGACGAGGCCGAUAUCGAGGUCAACGAGGAUGUUGCCAAACAACGAGCGGCUGCUCGAGCCCGUGCCAUCAUGGGCAAGAAGCGACGUGAAGCGGCGGCCUUUGAUAAGCAGGUGCAAGCAGAGAGACAAGCAGCAAUGGCUGCCAAAGGCAACGUCGAUGAGCAACUCACGUCCGAAUCGCUCGACUUCCAAAAUCCGUUGGGUGCCGGCGUCCGAAGCACCGUCACCCAGCCCAAGAUGCUGCAAGCCCAACUCAAGGAGUAUCAGGUCAAAGGACUUUCCUGGUUGGCGCAUCUCUAUGAGAACGGUAUCAACGGUAUCUUGGCAGAUGAGAUGGGUCUCGGAAAGACUAUUCAAUCGAUUUCAUUGCUAGCCUGGCUGGCCGAAACGCAAAACAUCUGGGGUCCCUUCCUGGUCGUGGCUCCCACGUCGACGGUACACAACUGGCAGCAAGAGUUGACCCGAUUCGUACCCAAACUCAAGGCGAUCCCAUACUGGGGGAAACCUUCGGACCGUCAAGUCUUGCGACGCGAUUGGAACCGCAAGUCGAUCGUCUACACCGAGGAUGCUCCCUUUCACUUGGUCGUUACGAGCUACGAUAUGGCGGUUCAGGACCAUGCCUACUUCCACAAGGUCCGCUGGCAGUAUAUGAUCCUGGACGAGGCUCAGGCGGUCAAGAACAGUUCGAGUUUGCGUUGGACCACGCUGCUGUCGCUCAAGACCCGGAAUCGGUUGCUGUUGACGGGUACACCGAUUCAAAACUCGAUGACAGAACUUUGGGCCUUGCUGCAUUUCAUCAUGCCCGAUCUUUUCACCUCGUUGACGGAUUUCACCGAGUGGUUCUCCAAGGGAAUUGAGGGUGUCGCCGGCCAGGGCGAUUCUACUUUGGGAACGCAGCAGCUUCGACGUCUACACGACGUGUUGCGACCGUUCAUGUUGCGACGAAUAAAAAAGAACGUACAGAGCGAAUUGGGAGACAAAAUCGAGAAGGACAUCCUGGUCGACCUUAGCUCUCGGCAGAAGGCGAUGUAUCGAAUGCUUCGCUCCGACGCCUCGAUCAAGGCGUUCCUUGCGCAGGCAAGCGCAGGAUCAGACUCGGCCGCCAAAACCAACGUCUUGCUCAACAUUGUCAUGCAGUUCCGAAAAGUCUGCAACCACCCCGACCUGUUUCAACGGCCGGACGUCGUUUCUCCGCUGGCAUUCGGCACAUUCAGCGGAAGCGGCGAGCUGAUUCGACAAAAGGAGCUCUAUUGCCCCGACAGCUGUCGCAAUCCAAUCGAGUUCAGCUUGCCCAAGUUGAUUUGGGAAGAUGGAGGCAUCCUGUCCAGACCGGGCGAGAAGUCUUUGGCAGGUUUCGACACUAGAUAUCUAAAGAACCUGUUCAACAUCUGGUCGCCUGUCAACGCGCCUUUACCUACCGCUGGCUGGAAGUACGACCGCAAUUCGCUGUUCGAGGAUCCAGAGGAACAAAGGUUGCCAGGAUACUAUCAAUUCUUCAAGAUCGAUACUAAGCAAGCCCCUCGACCUGCUAUCGAUGUCCUUCACGAUCGAUCAUUCCUGACACGCAAGGAGGCCCGCUUCGUUGUCGAAGACGCCGUCGCUCCCCCUGUGCACAUGACUUGCGCGAGUCGAUCAUUUAUCGUCAACCAGGAGCAACAACGUCUGAGCGAGGCUGACCGGCUCAUCCUGUUUGGUCUUCCCGGACCUCUGGCCGAUGACGAGGUCCUGUUGGAAAAGGCACGCGAAAGCGUACCCAACUUGCCACCGUUGGGUUUGAUCGGCGAAUCGCCCACUCAACAAUUGCCACUCCCGUCGAUGGCUUUCCCAAAUGCCAAACGUCUGAUGGUCGAUUCGGCCAAACUCCUUCGGAUGGAUCUCUUGCUUCGCGAGCUCAAGGAAGGCGGACAUCGUGUCUUGGUCUACUUCCAGAUGACCAAGAUGAUGGACCUGUUCGAAGAGUUCCUGUCAUACCGACAGCACCGUUACGUGCGGUUGGAUGGUUCUACUCAGCUGGGCGAGAGGCGAGAUAUGGUCAAUGCCUAUCAGACCAACCCGGAUAUCUUCGUAUUCAUGCUCAGUACUCGAGCAGGAGGUCUCGGUAUCAAUUUGACAGCCGCCGAUACCGUCAUCUUCUAUGAACACGACUGGAACCCCUCGAACGACUCGCAAGCCAUGGACCGAGCUCAUCGAGUGGGUCAGACUCGACAAGUUACGGUCUACCGUCUGAUCUGUAAGGGCACGGUCGAAGAGCGAAUGCUGCAUCUGGCAAGGAACAAGAAGGACGUGCAGGAUAUCGUUGUAGGAAACAAGAGCGUCGCCGAAGUCAACAGCGGCAAGGAGAUCGUGUCGAUGUUGCUGGAUGAUGAGGAUGACACUGGCGCUCUCGCUGGCGGUUUCUCUCGAGGCCAUGGUAUGGCUACCGAUGUCGGCAACCCGCUCUUCGGCGGUGGAGGUGAUCAGGACGACGACAACUUCUUUGGCAACGCUGUCAAGAAGCAGGCGGUUGUUGAAGAUGCCGCGGGCGACAAGCCAGCCAAGGCAAAGAAACGUAAAACUGCAGCGGUUACUGUCGACGAGGAUGGCGUAGAGAUCAAACCGAAACGGGUGAGGAAGAAGAAGGCGGACGUCGAAGAAGGUGGGGAAGGUGAGUCGACAAGACAUUUGAUUCAAUAUUAUGCAACUGAAAGACGCAGCGCGCUGACAAGAAAGACUUUUUUUUUGUAUUUACAGCAUCGACAGUCGUAG